CGCAAGAUAUUUUUCCGCCGGAUUUAUUUUCGCCCGUGUCGAAGGUUUUUGGAUUUGACGAAUUUUCUUUUUUCUUUCGUGUUUUUAUUUUUUUGUUUUGGUUCAGUGGUGUUGUUGUGGUUGGGUUUUCUUCGAGGACGAAACGACGAGAUAAUAAGACGGUUACAUCACAUCACCAGAACCACGAUGAGGCGGUUGGAGACGAUGGCUACAAAAACGGACCGUGCGUCAGGCCGGAACAUAUUUUGGCAACGGUUGUGCUAAAAGAAGCGCGAAUGUAAUGCGAAAUACAAUAAACGCGACCGCUUGCGCGGCUCUGCUCGAAGCUGUCCUCUGGACAGAUCCGGAAUUGCUGAUCACCCUUGCGAUACUGGCGUUGAUCAACGUGAUGGUCAUCGUCGGGAAUUGUCUAGUCAUCGCGGCUGUGUUCUGUUCGUCCAAGUUGCGAUCAGUGACCAAUUUGUUCAUUGUUUCGUUGGCGGUUGCUGAUCUACUGGUAGGCGUUGCGGUAUUACCGUUUUCCGCCACCUGGGAAGUGUUCAAGGUGUGGAUAUUCGGGGAUGUGUGGUGCCAGAUGUGGUUGGCGUUGGACGUCUGGAUGUGCACCGCGUCCAUACUCAACCUGUGCGCCAUAUCUCUCGACCGUUACGUUGCCGUAACGCGUCCCAUUACUUAUCCCAGUAUUAUGUCCCACAAGCGGGCCAAGCUCCUCAUCGCCGGUCUGUGGGUGCUCAGUUUCGUCAUCUGUUUUCCACCACUGGUCGGAUGGCGGGAUACAAAGUCUAGUGAAGAAAUAUAUAGUAAUAGUACCCUACAAGAAGAUCUCCAUCCCCAUUGUCCAUGGAAAUGCGAGUUGACAAACGAGGUCGGUUACGUGGUGUACUCCGCCCUCGGGUCCUUCUACAUUCCAAUGUUCGUGAUGCUGUUUUUCUACUGGAGGAUAUACCGGGCAGCCGUCAGGACAACUAGGGCGAUAAACCAAGGAUUCAGGACCACGAAAGGUUCGAAGGGCCUUGGAAAUCGGUUCGACGAGCAACGCCUAACCCUUCGCAUACACAGAGGCCGGGGCUCUUCCGGUAAGCGCCAGUUCGGCUCCCCACACAGUAACGGCUCCAACAGCACCACAACAACAACGGGCAGCGCCAGCCCCAGUCCCUCGAACCGGGGCCGGCACGAGCGCGUCAAAAUCAGCGUCAGCUAUCCCUCAAACGAGAACCUAUCGCCUCACGUGGUUCCAAAUUUAUUGGCGGUGACGCCCACCUCGCCCACCGGACAUCCGUCUUAUGCCGUGCACUAUUCGGUGAACGGAAAGGAGACCACGGCCUCCGGCCUGUGCAAAAGAGACAAUCAUCUCAGAGUGCAGAGGCUCGGGUCGCAUCGGAGGUCUUCUUCCAGGAGGUCUAGUAGCUGUGAUAGUACAGGUAGAGAAAGAGCGGCUAGCCCGUCUCCUAGUUCAUGUGACGACGGCAAGCCGAAAAUGAUCUCCAGAAAAAUGGGCAAACGCAACAUAAAAGCACAAGUGAAGCGUUUCAGAAUGGAAACAAAGGCGGCGAAAACUUUGGGCAUCAUCGUCGGCGGUUUUAUUUUCUGCUGGCUGCCAUUUUUCACGAUGUACCUCAUCAGAGCUUUUUGCACGCACUGCAUCCAUCCGUUAGUGUUCUCGAUCCUAUUCUGGUUGGGCUACUGCAACAGUGCCAUCAAUCCCCUGAUCUACGCCCUGUUCUCCAAAGACUUCAGGUUCGCCUUCAAGAGGAUCAUCUGCAAGUGCUUCUGCAAGGGCAAAGACGGUCCGAACUCCAGACGAGGCUCCGACGGAUCUCAAAUGGUGGGCAGACAGUUCAGGUCGCCCAGCUAUAACAUCCAACAGCCAGGCAACAACUCGUUGGGGGACGAGAGCGACCCGGGCGGAGAUCCGUCGGAUUCAAGGUGACGCAAUUGUAAGGGCAAAAUGUGUUUGGACAGGAGCUCCGUGAUCAAAGUGGCCAUGUGUGUGUAUGGCUGACGAACAACCAACAAAGACUUUAGGUGCACGCGAGUAUGAGAGGCCAACUUUCCUUACGCCGACUUUUUUUUGGUAGUUCACAACUAUGUUCUGGGGGGAAAUGAACGCAUAGGAUUUUGUUGAUCUUGUUAUUGACAAUUUGGAUGAGACAAACACUGGUGCUUGAAUAAUACCUAUGUGAACAGUUGUACAAAAUUUUACUUACAAUUAGUAUUUGCAUUUUUCUUGGAAUUGCAAAACUACCUCAUUAACAAUGUUAUUUACUAGUUCCCGUAAUUGCCAGUUAAUUAUACACUAUUGUUGCUUCUCAUGAAAAAAACGUUCACAGUUACACAAUUUGUAGUGUUGUUCGAAAAUGAUCUGAUAAAUUUUAAUAAUCCAUGAGCUUAAAUUACAAAAAUCCAUCCAUAGUCGUAAGGAACAGUGGCCUUUCCUAAAAACAAUUUAGUUCCCCCAAAAUGUUAAUUAACAUUUAUUAAUGACAAACCGUGUAAUAUAAACAAAAAUAUUAUUCUCAUUGGAGAGGGAAAGAUUAACGACUUAUCUAUAUAGAUGUAAGUAUAUUGUAACAUAUUAAACUAUGUAAAUGGUAUAUGUACUACUCGUAAUGUUUAGGUAAGUAUUUAUUGUUUCUACGUAUCACAACGCACAAUCAGAAUAAACCAAUUUAUUUAUUUAUUAUUUAUUUAUUUAUUCAAGAUGUAUUAAUGUUUAACAAAUUCAUAAAUUUGGUGGCAUGUUAUUUAACAGUAUAAUACCAACUGCCUUUUAGUUUUUUAAGAAAGUCAAAAAUAUUUUAAGGUAUCUAAAAGAAAUUAGAUAAAUCAAGGCUGCAAAAUCUUACAGUAUUUUUGAUAUAAGAUCUGUGGAGGUACAAACACCUUUCAUUGAAUUUGAUUCAAACAUGUUUGUGAUUAAUUUUUAAUUAAGAUCUAGAUUAGCUUCUGCAUUGAUUCGUUCUUGUAUAAUUUGGAUCGGGAUGCCGCUAAAAAUA